AUGGCGCUGGCCGGGCCAGGCCCCCGGGACCCCCGGCUCUGGGCCCCUUUCUUGCUGCUGCCGCUGCUGCUGCUGCUGCUGCUGCCGCUGCCCUGGGCCCCUGCCCUCGCCCUCCUGGCCGGAACGGUGCCUGCACAGACCCUGAGUGCCUGUGCCUUGGACCCCUGCACCCCAGGGACCGAGUGCCAGGCUACGGAGAGUGGCGGCUAUGCCUGCGGCCCCACGGAGCCCCAGGGCUGCGCCGCGCAGCCCUGCUACCACGGCGCCCUGUGUGUGCCCCAGGGUCCAGGCCCCAGUGACUUCCGCUGCUACUGUGUGCCCGGGUUCCAGGGCCCACGCUGUGAGCUGGACAUCGAUGAGUGUGCGUCCCGGCCCUGCCGCCACGGGGCCACUUGCCACAACCUGGCCGAUCGAUACGAGUGCCACUGCCCCCUCGACUAUGCAGGCGUUAACUGCGAGGUGGAGGUGGACGAGUGUGCCUCGGCGCCCUGCCUGCACGGGGGCUCGUGCCUGGACGGCGUGGGCUCCUACCGCUGUGUGUGCAGGCCGGGCUACGGGGGCGCCAGCUGCCAGCUGGACCUGGACGAGUGCCAGAGCCAGCCAUGCGAGCACGGGGGCGUGUGCCACGACCUGGUCAACGGGUUCUGGUGCGACUGCGCAGACACGGGCUACGAAGGCGCGCGCUGCGAACAGGAGGUGCUGGAGUGUGCGUCGACGCCCUGCGCGCACAACGCGUCCUGCCUCGAGGGCCUGGGGAGCUUCCGCUGCCUCUGCUGGCCAGGCUACAGUGGCGAGCAGUGCGAGGUGGACGAGGACGAGUGUGCGGCAGGCCCCUGCCAGCACGGGGGCCAGUGCCUGCAGCGCUCCGACCCGGCCCUGUACGGCGGUGCCCAGGCCGCCUUCCCCGGCGCCUUCAGCUUCCGCCAUGCUGCUGGCUUCCUAUGCCGCUGCCCUCCGGGCUUUGAGGGGGACGACUGCAGCGUGGACGUGGACGAGUGUGCUUCGGGGCCAUGCUUCAGUGGAGGCCGCUGCCUGGACCUGCCCAAUGGCUUUCAGUGUCACUGUCCACAUGGCUACACAGGCCUGACAUGUCAGGAAGACGUGGACGAGUGCCUGUCGGGGCCUUGCCUCCAUGGUGGGACCUGUGAUGACAUCGUGGCAGGCUACCUCUGCCGGUGCCCGGAGGCCUGGGGUGGGCAUGACUGUUCUGUGCAGCUCACCGGCUGCCAGGGCCACGCUUGCCCCCUGGCUGCUACCUGCGUCCCUACCUUCGAGUCUGGAGUCCACAGCUAUGUCUGCCACUGCCCACCUGGUACCCAUGGACCUUCUUGUGGCCAGAAUACCACCUUCUCUGUGGUGGCGGGGAACCCUGUGCGGGUUUCAGUGCCUGCCGGUGUCUCCCUGGCUCUGGCGCUGAGGUUUCGCACCACGCUACCUGCUGGUGCCUUGGCCACUCGCACUGAUACGCAGGACAGCUCGAAGCUGGAGCUAGCCCUGGCAGCGGCCACACUGCAGGCCACACUCUGGAGCCAUGGCAACACUGUACUUGUCCUGAGGCUGCUAGACCUGGCCCUAAAUGAUGGCCAGUGGCACCGAGUGGAGGUGACACUUGACCUAGGGGUCCUGAAGCUGCGCCUCUGGCAUGAGGGCUGCCCUGCCCAGCUCUGCGUGGCCUCCAGUUCUGUGGCCCCGGCUCAUCCUGCCUCCACGGCCAGGCCUCCCGGCGGGCCCUGCUCUCUUGAGCUGGGUGGCGCGGCCUUUGCAGGCUGCUUCCAGGACGUACGUGUGGAUGGGCACCUCCUGUUGCCUGAAGAUCUCGGGGAGAAUGUCCUCCUGGGCUGCAAGCGCCACGAGCAGUGUCAGCCUCCACCCUGCGCCCACGGAGGGGCCUGUGUGGACCUGUGGACACACUUCCACUGCGACUGCCCCCGGCCCUAUCGUGGCCGCACGUGUGCUGACGAGGUUCCUGCUGCCACGUUUGGCUUGGGGGGCACCCUGAGCUCUGCAUCCUUCCUGGUCCACCAGCUGCCGGGCCCCAACCUCACCGUGUCCUUCCUCCUCCGCACCCGGGAACCUGCUGGCCUGCUGCUCCAACUUGCCAACCACUCAGCAGCUAUCCUGACAGUGUUCCUGAGGGAGGGCCAGAUCAGGGCCGAGGUGCUGGGCAGUCCUGCUCUGGUGCUCCCGGGGCCCUGGAACGAUGGGCUCCGCCACCUGGUGACACUUAGCUUUGGGACUGACCAGCUGCCGGGCUUGAGGCAGCAGGUGCACGUAGGUGGGCGACUCCUCCCUGCUGAUGCCCAGCCCUGGGGUGGGCCCUUCCGAGGCUGCCUCCAGGACCUGCAACUCAAUGGCCUCCACCUCCCCUUCUUUCCACUGCCUCUGGGGAACUCAAGCCAGCCCAGUGAGCUGGGCAGCAGGCAGUCCUGGAACCUCACCAUGGGCUGCGUCUCUGAGGACACAUGCAGUCCUGACCCUUGUCUCAACGGUGGGACUUGCCUGGUCACCUGGAAUGACUUCCACUGCACCUGCCCUGCCAACUUUACAGGGCCCACGUGUGCCCAGCAGCUGUGGUGUCCUGGCCGGCCCUGCCUCCCGCCUGCCACCUGCGAGGAGGUCCCUGAUGGCUUCGUCUGUGUAGCAGAAGCCACAUUCCGAGAGGGCCCUCCGGUCUCAUUCAGCGGACACAACGCAUCGUCAGAGCUCGAGCUCAGUGGUCUCUCGCUCGCCUUUCGUACGCGCGAUUCCGAGGCUGGGCUACUGCGCGCUGCCGCGGGCGCCCUCGCCGCCGUCUGGUUGGCCGUGCGCAACGGCUCGCUGUUGGCCGGCGUGCGUAGCGGCCGCGGCCUGCCGAGUGCGGUGCUGCCCGCGCCCGGGCCGCGCGUGGCCGACGGCGCCUGGCACCGCGUGCGCCUGGCCAUGGAGCACCCCGCGGCCGCUGCGUCACGCUGGCUGCUGUGGCUGGACGGCGCGGCGACGCCCAUGGCGCUGCGCGGCCUGGCCGGCGACCUGGCCUUCCUGCGCGGCCCGGGUGCUGCGCGCGUCCUGCUGGCCGAGAACUUCACCGGCUGCCUGGGCCGCGUGGCGCUCGGAGGCCUCCCGCUGCCCCUGGCGCACGCGCGCCCCGGCGCUGAUCCCGGGGCCCGAGGGCACUUCUCGGCCUGGCCCGGAGCGCAGGCCCCGCAACUCGGCUGCCACGGCGAGCCCGUGUGUGUCUCCUCGCCCUGCCUGCACGGCGGCGCCUGCCGCGACCUCUUCGACGCCUUCGCCUGCGCCUGCGGCCCGGGCUGGGAGGGCCCACGCUGCGAGGCCCGCGCCGACCCGUGUCGCUCGGCUCCCUGCGUCCGCGGCCGCUGCCACGCGCGCCCCAACGGCCACUUUGAGUGCCGCUGCCCGCCGGGCUUUGCGGGCCCGCGCUGCAGGUGGCCUGUCCAGCCAGAGGAGUGCAGCCUGAACGUCACCUGCCCCAAUGGCAGCCCGUGUGAGGGUGGGCCUCGGGGUGCCAACUGCAGCUGCCAGGAGGGCUUUGCUGGCCUGAGGUGUCAGAUCUCCUGUGAGACCAGCCCCUGCUUGAAUGGGGGCACCUGCCGGGCACUUCGGGGGGUGUACGAGUGUGUCUGCAGCACGAGGUUCUCCGGCCAGUUCUGUGAAGUGGUGAAGGGCCUGCCGCUGCCGCUGCCGUUCCCGCUGCUGGAGGUGGCGGUACCCGCAGCCUGCGCCUGCCUCCUCCUCCUGCUCUUGGGCCUCCUCUCGGGGAUCCUGGCAGCCCGAAAGCGCCGCCAGUCAGAGGGCACCUACAGCCCGAGCCAGCAGGAGGUGGCCGGGGCCCGGCUGGAGAUGGACAGUGUCCUCAAGGUGCCGCCUGAGGAGAGGCUCAUCUAG